AGCUCCUUGUCUUUGACACGAACCGUUCUCACCGCCAAAAGCCGCGCGGAAGCAGCAACCGCAAAAGCGCCACGCCCACCGACAGACGAGGAAGGAAAGGACGACGCUAACGAAAUUGCUUCCUCGGGAUUGAUUGCUCAAAAAGGACGUGCUUGCAUCUAUAUACGGUAUUCUGGACUUCGGCUCGGUGCUGGUGGUGGUGACCCAUCCGCUGUGAUACUGGACAUUGUCAAUACGACCUCUCGUCGACGCCCCUACGUGUACCACUGCGCUAGUCACCAAGGACACUGCUGCCAGAAGAGGGAAUUGAACUUUCGCACAUCUCCGUAGAGGAACCAACAUGAACAAGCUCACAGUGUUGCUUGCGUCUUCCCUGUGCGUCGUCGCUGUCCAAGCGGGGCACCUCGGCCAUGGAGUUCUCCCGACCUACGUUGCGACACAGCAGCUUUACUACAAACCACAGCCAUACGCGUUCGGCUACGAGAUCAAGGACGCCUGGGGCAACACGCAACACCGGCACGAAGUGGGCGACGAGUACAACACCAAGCGCGGCUCGUACGGGUUCACGGACGCGCACGGAAUCUACCGGCGAGUCGAGUACGUCGCCGACGGCAAUGGUUUCCGAGCCAUCGUCAAGACCAACGAACCCAGCACUAAGACGCACCACACGGCGCACGCGCUGUACCAUUCGAAUGCCCCUCAACACGUGGUCCAUCAAGGCCAACAUCAGAAGGAGCACCUCGAGGUGCCCAUCUACGUGGACGCGGCACCGCAACAUACCGUGAUCGUCGCUCCCGUGGGUCUCGGGCAUCACGGAUACCACUGAACUAGAUUAUAGCAUACCAGUUAGCGGGCUACUGUUAGUGUUAUCGUUACCGCUUCCGCCGAAGUGCGCAUGAGCGGUAAAUCCCACGCGUCCCCAGUUGGCACCUUCUUGACUAGGCAGUGAAGGCUGCGCAGGUGGGUGUUGUCUUGCAUCGUUUUCUUCUUGAUAUCCAACAG